UACUUUUCUGCCAGGACGCGCCACGUGCCUCAACAGCUGCCCUGAACAAAGGGACUCUCCAACCACACCCAUAACUUUCUGAGCUGACAUGCUAAAAUAUUCAAACAUUUUGAAGCAACUUUAAUGAUUUUGUGAAUCAUUUGGUUCGAGACACGAAAGGGUCCGAGACCUUACUCUUUCUCCACGCUUACUCCUCAGUCAAGCGGGCAACCCCCCGCCGAUCUGCCCUUCCAGUGAGACCUGCCGUGCUUCCUGUUCAUUUGACAAUGACUGGGCCUAGACUUCCGCUGCUCAUCACCUUGACGCUGCUCCUGACGCCGCUGUGCCUCGCCGACCUGCCCCAUACACGUUACCAGAUAGCCAAUGGAUGGAAUUUUAGUGACGAAGAGGUGGCAGUCACCUCAGCUGUAUACGACGAAGGCGAUGAUGGUGGAGGUGACAUCGGUGACAGUGACGGCCAGAAGCAAGAUGGAAUCCUUAGGGCGGCUGCGAGGGCUGUCUGGAGGACACUUCGUCCUUAUGUCGUCACUGAAGGCAUCGACAGCUUUACGGGACGUGUGGCCUCGCUCAAGGCACGGCUGUUGAAGGAGGUGGAGGAAGAGGUCACUGGAUACACCAACGUCACUCUCUUUACGUGGCCUGACGAUCUCUUUGAACUCAAACAUCAAAUAGAGGAAGCCAAGGCGGGAGGCAACGAGAACGACGACAAUGACGAAGAUCUUGACAACUACGACCGUGGCGACAACGUGACGAGAACGAAGAGGGAGCAUCCAGUCCAUCAUCCUCUUAUUCGUGAUCCAUUCGGCGUGGCGAUGCUGGACGAGGUGGAGACACUGUUGUCGCUGGAGGCGCAUCCGACACUUGGCGUCCAUAUGACCCAGUGGCAUGGUCGCCUCAUUAUUGCUGCCAUGGACAUGAGGAAGAGGGUCACCCUAUUCGCCGUCACCCCGCGGACUUACAAGGUUGAAUCGACUCCUCCCUUCCCAGGCGUGCACUCCUGCAGGUUCACAGUGGUGCCCAAAGAUGUGCUGCUGGUGGCUUGCAUUUCGCCCGUCAGAAGCACAGUGCAAAACCAUGGGAUCCAAGAGGAACCGGCUCCCGAGGUAACUGUGUACCAGGUGGAGGAGGAAGCUUAUGGCGCAGGGAGACUGUCCAUCAAGCUUCUGCAGGGCAUUGAAAUGGAUGACCCUGUGGACGUGGAGAUGUGGAAUCGGGACGGCGAGCACUACCUGUUGAUAGCCAACUCGAAGGAGGUGAAGGUGGCGUACGGCCCGUCUGGGGAGGUACUAGCCCACAGAAUAAACUACCAUUCCGUCUCGUACCUGUACAAGUGGAAAGAACACUACUUCGACGCCCUGCAACACCGCAUCCUGCCAGGCAGCUCCCCCAGGGCUGUCACCCACUUCACCAUAGGGAGCAGGCACUUCGUCGCGAUGGCUAACUACAGGAACAACAAAGGGCAGCGCAACAUCGAUAGCUUCAUCUUCCACUACUCCUUAGAGGAGGACCACCUCGUGCUCUUUCAGCAGCUGCCCACCAGAGGCGCCCUCCACAUCGCCAGCUUCACUCUGGGACACAACCGCUUCGCAGACACUUUCCUCGCAGUGGCCAACAGUUGCGAGGACGUAGAUGGAGGAAGCUGUAACCCUCACACGAACUCCGCCAUCUAUCGGUUCACCGGCAAGAAGUUUGUACUCUUUCAAGAAGUGCCUACCUUGCUCGCCGUGCAGUGGCUGGCCGUGCAAGUGGAAGGCACAGUGCUUCUGGCGGUGGCGCAAAUGGCGGCGGGUGUGAAGCUGUUCCAAUAUGACGGAUGGAAGUUUGUGGCCACCAAAAUACAAUACUAUGAGGGCACCUUCGGUCCAGGAGCCACGGGCCUGGCGGCGACCCACUGGAACGGUACUGUCGUGCUUGCGGUGUCCAGCCUGGAGCACCAAAACUCGUUGUUCCACUCCCUUGACCUGUUCAGGCUCAUCUUCAGGAAGAACACUUGGCUGAAGGAGGUUCACGACGAGUAUCAGGCGUGGUGUGUGGCGGCCUUGGGCGAGGCCAUGGAGACAGAACUGGUGGCCUCGCUGGUAAGCGGGAUACAGGCGGCUACGAAUCAGACUUACGUUUUCACUCGCCACGUUACCAUCCAGGGAUCCUUGACCGCCGGCCUCGCCAGCUCGGUCACCCAGGUGUUUGAGAGGACGACGAGCAGGCACCUGCCAGUCAUGACCGGCGGCAUCACCCAGGCGCUGCUGUCUCUAGGAAGGAAAGUGCAGCAGGCGGUGGAAAAAAUCUCCACUGCGGUCAGCCUCGCCGAUCCUGUCACCUGGCCAGGUGGCCUUCAUCUGUUUGACCUGUCUGCUGGCUCGGCUUCAACGGAACGCUUGUAUGUGCGUGACGUCAACCAGCGGGCGGUGUCGUGGAGGGACGCGGUCAUGCUGGAGGGAACCGGUCUGCAGCAUCUGGCACGGCUCCGUCUGGCUCACGUGGAGAUUCAGGCUGCGGCGCAGGUAGUGAACCUGAGGGGUCAUCCUUUUUCCUCGUUUGUAACCCUGAGUGGCCACCAUACCAUUUUUGGUCACGUGAGCUUCAGUGUCACAAUCCGUGCCGCUAGUCUGGUCGCUGUCACCGUGGACAGAGUUGUGAUCACUCCACAGUCUGUUCUUAUCGCCGAUGAUUCCCAAUACCUAAAUGGGUCACUCACCUGCCAGUACCUGAAUGUCAUUUCCCUGGAGGUGGUCACCAUCAACAGCAUUCCACUUUCACCGCUCCUUUCCUCUUUGGUCUUGAAGGACGCCCGUCACGCCGUAAAUGGUAUUGUGAGAGUGAUGGGCAAUUUGGCGUACCAUGGGAACCUGCAGGUCAAUGUCAGCUUGCCUCUCGACCUUAAAAACGUGAUCAGAGUUGAUUAUGCAGGAUUGCAGGUUGUCACAGGUGGCCACCAGGUGGGCGAGCUUGCAGCUCCUUACAUGGCGAUAGAAGGACGCAUCAACACAGUGCGUGUCCCCGUCGAGGUGUUCCUGAACAGCAGCCAUCACUCGUACACUCUGGUGUCAGCUGCUUUCAGCCACGUGCGGGCCACCUCUGUCUCCAUAUUGCAGAAGUUCCACAGUAUUACGGUGACCGAAGGUCGCUUGGACGUACUGCUGCUCUCGGGAUAUCAGAUAGUGACGGCACCAAAAACCUUCACUUCGCUGCACCUGUUGGAGCAGAACUCUCCUAGCUACAGAAGUGCCAACACUCGCCAUCGGCGGUGGUCGAGCGGGAACUGUGGGUUACCUAGGAAUCGAAGGCCAGAAACACGGACUACCCGCAUAGAGGCGCUUCUUUUGGCCCUAAGAGGAGUGGCCGCCGCUCAGGAUCUCCUAACCUUUCUGACAGAGGUACAACCAGUGCACUUUCUGGCUCCUGGGCAGAAUCCGAGUUUUUUCAAUUUACUGAUGCAAAAUGUCGACUGUGCUAUUUUCUCCCUCGAAGACAAUGGUAAUCUUAAACUCCAUGAAAUUUUGGAUGCAAUAAAGUGGCACAAUACAACCGUCUUCAUACAAAACGAGUUUUACACCGAUACUGUAACAGAACUCAUAGGUAACAUCCAGAGUUACCUGGUUAAGGAAAAAUUGGAACUCAAAAAAGUUACAUUGGAUGCUGAUGACUUGCUAAUGAUAAAGAACAUGAAGAGAGAUGACUCAACGAGACGUGAUCUGCUCAUUCUAGACUAUUUGAUAGACAUUACAAGCAACCAUGAGUCGGAGAACCUCCCUUCUGAAAUAUUCCUCCGUAAUUGUUUGUUGUUUUGUCCUGGAUUCCAAAAGAAUUUUCCAGAUAAGAAAAAAAUGCAGAUGAGUUGCAUCCCAGAAAUUCUGACAGUUUUUAAAGCCUUGAAAACCAUCUCACGGUAUUCAGCGAUCAUUACAGAAAUGAGGCAGCUACCAGCACACAUCUCCCAAAUGCUCAAGGCCGGGGUGGUACAAUAUCUCCUUGGUCAGCUUCUUCGGUCGGUGUCGGAGAAGGGACAGCUGAGAAAACAGGUGUACGCAGCAGUCGUCUGCAGAUUAUCGCCUGAAGGAAGUGAGGAAUAUCAGCAGAUGCUUUUAACUUACCGAAGACAAUUGCAUGGAACUGCUUCCAGAUUCAUUCCCUCGAGGAUCAAGAGGCAAGCAUCUGACACAGGUUAUGGAGUAACGGACACCGAACCUCCCUCCACAUUGCCAACUUCUAACAACGAGGACACUUCCACCCUUCAGGUCUCCAUCCCUGAGGAGACCAGUGAAGACUCUUACACCCUCUCAACAUCCACCCCUGAGGACACCAGUAAAGACUUUUCCACCUUUCCACCUUCAGUUAAUGAGGACACCAGUGAAGAGUCUUCCACCGCCCCACCUCCAAUUAUUGAGGACACCAGUGAAGAGACUUCCACUCUCCCCGCCUCCAUCCCUGAGUACACCAGUGAAGAUUAUUUCACCUUCCCACCUUCAAUUAUUGAGGACACCAGUGAAGACUCUUCCACCCUCCCAGCCUUCAUCUCUGAGGAUACCGGUGAAGACUCUUCCACUCUCCCACCUUCAGUUAAUGAGGACACCAGUGAAGACUCUUCCACCCUCCCACCUUCAGUUAAUAAGGACACCAGUGAAGACUCUUCCACACUCCCAGCCUCCAUCACGGAGGAUGCUAGUAAAGACUCUUCCACCAUUCCAGCCUCCACCAGAGAAGACAUCAGUGAGAAUUCUUCCACUCUUCCAUCCUCCAACAUUGAAAACACUAGUGAAAACUCUUCCUCCUUCCCAGCCUCCACCACUGAAGAUUCUUCCACCUUUCCAGCCUCCCCCAUUGGAGACAUCAGUGGGAAUUCUUCCACUCUCACAUUCUCCAUCAGUGAAGAUUAUUUCAUCCUCGCUGCUUCCACCAGUGAAGGCUCUUCCACCUUCACGUUGUCCAAUAUUGAAGUUUCGUCCACUUUCGCAGCUUCUACCAAUGAUGAUUAUUCCACCCUCCCAGCCUCCAUCCUUGAGGACACCAGUGGAGACUCUUCCACUCUCCCGCCCUCCAUCCUUGAAGACACCAGUGGAGACUCUUCCACCCUCCCAGCCUCCAUCCUUGAGGACACCAGUGGAGACUCUUCCACCCUCCCAGCCUCCAUCCUUGAGGACACCAGAGGAGACUCUUCCACCCUCCCAGCCUCCAUCAUUGAGGACACCAGUGGAGACUCUUCCACCCUCCCAGCCUCCAUCCUUGAAGACACCAGUGGAGACUCUUCCACCCUCCCAGCCUCCAUCAUUGAGGACACCAGUGGAGACUCUUCCACCCUCCCGGCCUCCAUCAUUGAGGACACCAGUGGAGACUCUUCCACCCUCCCGCCCUCCAUCCUUGAAGACACCAGUGGAGACUCUUCCACCCUCCCGGCCUCCAUCAUUGAGGACACCAGUGGAGACUCUUCCACCCUCCCGGCCUCCAUCCUUGAGGACACCAGUGGAGACUCUUCCACCCUCCCGGCCUCCAUCCUUGAGGACACCAGUGGAGACUCUUCCACCCUCCCGGCCUCCAUCCUUGAGGACACCAGUGGAGACUCUUCCACCCUCCCGGCCUCCAUCCUUGAGGACACCAUUCCUACACAGUCUUACACUCUCCCAGCAUCCAUCAUUGAGGACACUAGUGAAGUCUCUUCCAUCCUCCCAUCCUCCAUUCCUGAGGACACUAGUGGAAUCUCUUCCACCCUCUUAGCCUCCAUCAUUGAGGACACCAGUGAAGACUCUUCCACCCUCCCAGCCUCCAUCCCUGAGGACACUAGUGGAGCCUCUUCCACCCUCUCAACCUCCAUCAUUGAGGACACCAGUGAAGUCUCUUCCACCCUCCCACCCUCCAUCCUUGAGGACACUAGUGGAGCCUCUUCCACCUUCCCACCUUCAAUUAUUGAAGACUCCCUCUCGCCCUCCAUAAUUGAGGACGCCAGUGAAAAUUCUUCCACCCUUCCACUGUCUCGCAGAGAAGACAACAUUGAAGAUAUUUCCGCCUACACAUCAUCCACCAGUGAAACCUCUUCUUCUUUCGCCGCCGUCACCACUGAAAUCUCUUCCACCAAUGUGGACUCGUCCUCUUUUACUGCUUUCACCGAUGAAGUCUCUUCCAGCUCUACAACUUUAGCCCCACUAUACGUCUCGGAGGCUUCUUCGUCAAGCGAGAGUGCACUUCUCUCUGCUCGCUUUUUAGCUGAAUUUUUAGCGGAGAUCCGAGAGCUUGAGACGACAGUGAAGGAGGAGACCACCUUGCCUGUAGACUCAGAUAAGACCGCUCUUUUAAUUCAGAUUUUAGGACUUCAAACAACAGAUGGGAUCACGGCACAGGGAGACCAUGUAACAGAUGGGAUCUUAGGACUUACCACAACAGUAAACGCAGAAGUCACCGCCCUUUUAGCAGAGAUUUUAGGACUGCAAAUAACGGAAGAGACCACGGAAUCUACAGACAGCGUAAACGUGGAGUUAGAAGGAACUAUCGAUUUAAGUGCCAUCUUGGGACUGCAGACAGUGGUUGGGAUAACAGACACUGACACUACAGAUGCAGACACGACACCAAAAGCAGAAACGCCAGAUUCCGCAACGGACGCAACCAAAACCAGUGUCACAACAUUGACGGAUGCCACAGAGGACUCUUCACCGAACACGCUCACCAAGGAAGCCACAGAAACGAGUUUCAUAAUAAGUCCUGCUGACACAGGCGGCACAGCACCCAAUUCAGUAAUGAUAACGACAUUAACUACGGAGGCCGCCACCCUCUACACCCCAACCGUUGUAGCCACGGAGGAGGACAUAUUAAAUCCCUUUACCAUCGUGAACAACAUCAUGGAGGUGCAUCUCUCCCAAACUGACGCUGACCCAAUGCUUGUACCCUUGACAGUCUCUCUAAACUAUGAAAACUGCAGCACCCUUCCUCCAAACCUCCUGCAAGAUUCUGAUCAUCUCCUGUAUCUUUAUCUACGUAUGCAAAUGACUGAUCACUAUCUUUCCAUUGUAAACCGAUCCCAGCCCAAGCUGAAAGAUCCCAAAGAGCCCUCCGAGUAUGACGUUGGUGUGGAAGGCGCCAUGUUGGAUGCCUUUGGAUUUUUAAUCGAUACGGUCAAGAAAUUUGUACUUGAUCCCAUCGGUUUCGUGAGCAUAUUGGAUAUAGAGAGACUCCAGAGAGAUUUGAACUUCUUCUUUUUCGUGUCGAGUUUUGCCUCAUCCUCACAGUACUACUACUGGUCUGAAAGGUUGCUAUAUAGAACUCUGUACUUAAGAAGUUUGUUGGAAUUAAGCAGAAUAAUCACCGAAAAACUCCUGAAUUGUUUUGAGGCAUUUUACCCUGAAUUUUCUACUCCUGGCUAUGAAACUACAUUACAUCCUUUUGCUUACUCUGAGGACAUGCCUGAUAUUAUGAAGAAGAUGAGUGAGGAAUUUAUAACCAACAGUGCCUUGAUAAGGAAUUUGACAGUCUUGUUGAACUUCACCCAAGACGUUGCGGUGCUCAAUCCUUAUUUGAACAAGAGGUGCCCGGCGCCCCACGCCAUCGAUCCCGAGGCUGUGGCCUUCGCGGUGGAGGAAGCGAGAGAGACACUAGACAUUAUUUUGCAGGACGAACUUAUGUUCAGUAAAGAAGUCAAUACCAGUAUUUUAGAAAAGCAGGUCUUGAAUCUGAAAAAAGCUACGCAGAUGUGCUUGAUGGCGAGUCACCUUCCCGAGGAGGUGGAGGCUUCUCUGAGUCUGAUCUAUGAAGAGAAUGGGUCUGUAGUGGCAGAAGACGCUCAGAAACUUUUGUAUAUUCGUAUAAAACACCUACAGCGGAUCAACCUUGCCCUGGUAGACUCCAUUGUUGCCAUUGCUGACCAUCGUGCCGUAGAUAGUGGAGUUUCUCCGCCUGACCCUACCAGUGUGAUCCCUGACCCUCAGACUAAGUGGAAUUGGGAUGGCUUGUGGUUGGAUGGUCGCCUGGCGGGGUACCUUCUCUCCCAGUUGUUUGAGGGGGCUGGUCUGCUUCUCUCCGCACUCCCACAUCAAGAGUACACUGUCAACUUCUAUCCUGCACCGCUCGGCCAUGUCAACUUCAUAGCGGCGCACAAAGACAAGGUGCGGCACCUCAGAUUCCUUUCCGGGCUGAGUGCCACCACGGUGCAAGGGAUGGGAAUGGCGCAGAUACAGCAGCACGGCUUGGCUCUUACCUCUACCCCAAAUAUCACCCUCACCUUCUUCGCCGCUGUCACUGUGGAUGGGCCGGUGAGGGUGUCUCGUGUGAACCGGGCGCCCGCGGCUUCCUUCGUCACCCUAGGCGGAUACCACUCGCUGCAGCAUCCCUUCGUCUUCAGGGGUCCCGUCACGGCAGCGGCGAGAGUGACAGUACGGAACGAGAUCAACGGCCUCGACCUGGUGCUCUUUAGUAAAAGUGUGGCGUUGACGUCCUCUGCCACGCGCCAGGUCCUGCGGCAGCCCAUUACUUUCACGCAGGUGUCCACGCAAAGGGUGGUAUUUGAGAAAGGCCGAGUGCAGGCAGUGGACCUUGAGGACCUGGUGCCGCUCGGCCACCCCGCUGUCAUCACCGGGAGGAAGACUUUCCAGGAAUUGACUGUGCGGGAGAACGGGACUGUGGCCGCCGCCGUUGACUCUCGCUAUGUCGGCGGCAUCAACGUCACCGAUCUGUUCUACAACUCCCUCACCACGAACCCAGGUGGCUUGCAGGUGGUGGCGGGGAGGCUGCACCUGCAUCACCUGCUCGUGCUGAAAGACGUCACCACUCAAGGUGUUGUCUGCCUGGAUUCGCAUGGUGUUCCCGGCAUCUUGGACCUCGCUAGCCUCACAGGCCGCGUGGUUCCCCUGAGCGGCUCUGCCAACAUCACCGCAGGUCUCGUCAUCACCGGCAGCGUGUACGUCACUGGCCUUUUCUUCCGAGACACGCUGGACGGGGUGUCGGCAGCGCUGUACCGGGACGGGUGGUUGCUUAGGGACACCGACCAGAGCCUGCAUGGUAAUGUGUCCAUCGGCAACAUUAUCUCCCACAGAGUUACUGUCUCGCAGGGAAUUAAGGUGCAGGAUGUUGACGUGACUCGCCUGUAUCAGAAAACCUUCCUGACGACAUGGCCCGUCACCCUUCCCUUGCCCCUCACAUUCCGAGGGCAUGUAGAGGCAGCGUGGGUGGCAGUCGGGGGACUGGUGCAGGGAUGGGACCUCUCCAAGCACGCCCUGCUCCAGCAUUCGUCUAGCAUAGUAUUUACCGCCGCCAAGAUCUUCCUGAAUGAUGUGCAUAUCGCCGGUAACCUCACUUCCACAAACUCUGGCGAGGACUGCACCUACUUUCCCUUCCUAAACCUGACAAUUGAAGGCACGGUGGUGGUGAAGAACCUUUUUCCAGCCGCCUCAGUGUUCCUGUCAGGUCACGAGAUCACGACGAAGACUGCCACGCAGUAUUGGCUGGCGGAUACGGACACGCAAGUGUCGAUAACGAUAUUCUUUGAAGCAAUUGUUUUGUUAAAUCUCAAUGCGAUCGUGGCGUGGAACAACUUGGAGAUGCAGGACUUCAGAAAGAGCUUGUUCGAGAAGCAAUGCGACGUGCUGCAGGCGCUGACGGGCUCCUUCUCUUUCAGUUACUUGGAAAUUGAGGGAAAUCUCUACACACCAGUCAUCAACAGUUCGUCCCUGAACAACGAGCUGAGCAGCAAUCUGCGGCAAGUGUUGCUGGCGGACGGCGCGCAGGUGUUCACCAGUCACCCCAGCAUCAACACCCUUCAUGCUCAAGGGAGCGGUAGUGUGGUCACCUCCCAAGGCGUGAAUGGUGUGUUGAUGUCCCAUAUGUGUCGCCACGCGGAGCCCUGCAUCGUGGACGCCCCUAAAACUUUGGGACAAGACUUUGAAAUUAUGGGGGACUUAAAUCUACAAAAAAAUAGUCUUGUUCAGGGCGUGGAUGUGUCGCUCUCUCUGCAUGCUUGGGUGUCGAGAAAUUCUUGCGGCUACAUCCCCGGCCUCACCACCUUCACCGGCCCCGUCAUCGUGGAUAACACUGACUACAAUAUCAGAGUGCGUGGUCUGAUAGACGGGGUCAAGAUCACCACCAGCCACGUCAUGACCCUUGUCGGACCCCAGACAAUGAGCGGCAACCUCGUCCUCCACCAGACCCAAGGAGCUAGUGUGGUGAGCCCCGUGGUAACUGCCCUGGACGGCCUCUUCAAUGGCCACAACCUGACGGACGCGUGGCGAAGGGCGUUUCUCCUUGGGGAAUCUGCAGUGGUGCGGGCGCCCGUCAUCUUCAAGGACGUGGUGAUGUUCCGGGAAGCUGUCAGGCUCAACCCCUCAGAUUCCACACCAGUCCCGAUCUUCAGCGACUUCAGAUCAUUUUUUUUCGAUUUUUCUCUCCUCCACAAUCUCAGCGUGUGGAGUCAGCGGGCCCUGCAAGGCCGAGUGCAGCAGUACUGGGGAUGGCGCGUUGUGCAGGAAUUCGACAGCAACAACGAAAGGCUGAUUCCCCUCAGUCUGGAGGGGAUAUCGGGCCCUGUCAGCACGACGCUCCUCCCGCAGCACCAUCACCUGGCCCUUGUCUCCAGUCAGAGCAAUGUCCCCGUCCUGCAGCGGGAGCCAGACACCGACCGUUACAAAGGCUCCGAUGUGACCCUAGCAAGCAGGUGCACUACAGGACUAGUGAGCUACAUCUCGGAAGGCAGAACCUUUAUAGUGACGACCCACGCCUGUCUCGAGGACAUCACCGCACCUGUCUACUACGCCGCCUCAGGCCACGCCACCAUAUCUGAGGCUGUGUCGACUGACGAUGACUUGCAUGUGUGGGAGGUGACACCGCAGGGAGCCGUGUUGAGGGCCGCCUUUAAUGUGCCUGGCGCCUUGGACAUCCAGGUGGUGUGGCUGGGGCAAGCCUCGAGUACGUGUCUGGUGGUGGUGGAGGCGCGGGGCACGGAUGUGGUGGUGGUGUGCGAGCGCCAGGCGGGCAUGUUUGUGGAGCACCAGCGACUGAACUUCACGCGACCCAGCAAGGUGUCUGUGGUGCAGCACACGCCUCCCGUUGGCAGAAGACGCCUGGCCCUCGCCGUGGCGGACCCGGGCAGGACGGCUCUCAAGGGUGGCGGCAUCUACCUCUUCCAUUAUGACACGAAGCUCGGCAAGUUUCUUCUGAUACAGGAAGAACUGCUAGAAGAUGUGGUGUGGGUAGAGUUAGUGUCCCGCGGCCCCGACCUCUUGCUUGCGGCGGUGACGGAGGACAGGCUGGGAGUGAGGGAGGGACACGUGUGUCUCUACAAGGUUGACUGGUACAACCCGGACGGCCUCACGCCCCUGGGCCACCGCGGCCCUCUCGUUAAGAGUGAAAUCCCCUCGCCGAGAUUGUCCGGCUUGCCGCACACCCCGCAGCUGUUCGCGGUGCAGGAACUGGAACUGGAGGAUCCCAGCGAGGCCAGGUUCCUCAUCACUCCCUCUGGGGGCCUUCAUCUUUACGUUGUCGGCCACAGCGGUCUCAUCACCUGGUUCUCCCAAGAAGGCAUUCACAGGUUCAGGAAGGAGGGCGAGGUGCGAGUAGCGAACGGAAUGACGCUGGACGUGUGGGCCAUGGAUGGCAAGGAGUGGGCGCCAAGGAUAUCCGUUGCAGGUGGAAGAUGCCCGCGCGGCAGCCAUCAGGCCCCCAAUCAGCCCACGUUUGUCCUGGAGAUGAUCUUCCGGGGCAGCCACAGCAUACCAGCUCCGUGACGACGUCCAGGCGGCCACACCAGCCGCUCCCCGGGUGCCUGGGACCAGUUGGCGGCACUGGCGUCUUCCUUCCCCUCCAUCAGCGCUGCUUAAAUGGGAUUUUGUAUACUGGUUUUGUUUUCCGUGACGCUGAACAGCCAAGCGCGAGACACUGAACAAUGAAUACAGUACCCACCCGACGACGACUGCUCAGGGACACCGCCGACACAUCCAGCCCAGGAAGCCACCACCCAGUGUCUGUCUGCGAGUGACUAAUGAAAUAAAUGUAACACAAAU